AUGCCUUUAGAUCCACUGCCUUUAAACGACUGUAUUUAUAUUUAUGAUGAGAAAUAUCAAAAAAAACAAUUAAAUAAAAAAACAUGGAAAGAAGAUCCUUGUUAUUUUAAGUCAGUUCAUAUCUCUUUAGUUGCUUUAAUGAAGAUGAUGAUUCAUUGUUGGUCUGGAAAUUCAAUUGAAGUAAUGGGCCUUAUGCAAGGGAAGAUUUAUGAAGAUAAAAUGAUUGUUAUGGAUGCAUUUUGUCUUCCUGUUGAAGGAACAGAAACUCGAGUGAAUGCUCAAGCAGAAGCAUAUGAAUAUAUGGUUACAUAUCAAGAUAUAAUAAAGCAGGUAAAUCGUCCAGAAAAUAUUAUAGGAUGGUAUCACUCUCAUCCAGGAUAUGGAUCUUGGCUUUCAGGGAUUGAUGUUGAAACACAACUUCAAAAUCAAAAAUAUCAAGACCCAUUUUUAGCUAUUGUGAUUGAUCCAAUACGCACUGUUUUAACAAGAAAAAUUGAUUUAGGUGCGUUUAGAACUUAUCCAAUAAAUUAUAAACCAGAUAUUUUACAACAAAAUUAUCAUGAAGUUAUACCUUCUGAUAAAAUAGAGGACUUUGAUGUUCAUUCACAUAAAUAUUAUGCUCUUAAAGUGAAUUAUUUUAAAUCGUCAUUGGAUUCUCAUAUUUUAUGGCUACUUUUAAGUAAAUAUUGGUUUAAAACAUUAACUCUGUCUUCAUCAUUUAUGAAUAAAGAAUAUUUACCUUCUAAACUAUUAAAUUUAUCAGAAAGAAUAAAUUCUAUUCAGCAAUUACUGGAGAAAGAUGAAUCUGAUAACUUCUCUUCUACAUCACAUUUUUGCACUCAGCAAUCUUAUGUACAUGAAAAAAAAAAGGAUGAUGUUUUAUAUAAGAUAAUUAAUGAUAUAAAUGAUCUUGCUAAUAAAGAAAUUCAUAGAAUAUCGACACAAAUUUUAAAGAACAAAUUAUUUAAUAUGUUCUGA